GACCCGGAAACAAAACCUUUUAAAAACUCUCUCAGAGGCGGGAGGAAUUGACGCUUGCGGAAGAACGGGCAGCUUCACCGUUGCUAGGCGACGAGGCAGCCUCACCUGAGCGCUCUCCAGACCAAGAGCUUGUGGAGCUGUGUUCUCACGUCCCAGGCUGUGACUGAGAUCAUGUUACCAUCCAGGAGUAACUUUCUGCCUACGUCUCCCCUCCUGGACAUGGCUGUUUUGUUUGCUAUACUGUGAUGGAAUUGCAUGUUGUUCUCCUUACACCCUCCUUCACUAAGGACAGAGAUUUCCUCUGCUGUCAGAUGUCUUUCUGCUUGACUGAACUACACCUGUGGUCUCUGAAAAGCACCUUACACAUUGCGGAUUAACUGAAUUAAAAUAAAGAUUCAUAAAUGCACUAUACCUGAGAUUAGGAAAAGGACACCUGCAAUCAGACACCUUUUGCCUGGAGAAGAGAAUUCCAGUGACAGCCAUUAUAGACGAGAACUUUGGAAGGGUGCAGAAACUUGAGGAGUAUGCAUUGCAGAAGAUGAGGAUGUGGCACCAGGCUGACAGCCAAGGGGAUGCACGCCUGCAGAAAGGAAUGAGACACCUCCAUGAUGUGGAAAUACUUAAUUAAGGAGGCUCCAAACCCUAGACACCAAAGCCACUGGAGGAAGACCUGCUGAACGGAAAGCAGAGGAAUUGAAGCUGAUGUGUUGAUGAUUGAGGUCUUCUUCAUCACCCUCGAUUCCGAGGAUGCUUUCUGACCUGUUUAUUUGCCAAGAAAGAAGGAGCUUGGAAAUAGAAUCCUUUCCUGCGGUUACUGCCCGACCUCCCAGAAGAAAACAUCUACACGGAUGUUUUAGUGGUCUUGUGCAAAUCACUCUGGCCCCUGGCUGGUCAGUGAAGCCUACUGAGUGAAACCUGUUCCGGGUUGGAAGGCGUCAGGAGAUGUCCAGAGCAUCGCUUCUGAGAGAGCUGGGGAAUCAUCAGACACCUGAACGUUUCUACGGGAAAGAGGACAAGUAAUAAAAAGAAAACAGAUAGAGACAUCGGCGUCUACCAGUACUAUGACAAGAAAGAUCCAUCAGUAUCAGCAACAGAGCAUGGUAACUUAGAAGAAAAACAAAGGCUGGCAGAAUCACGAGAUUAUCCUUGGACACUCAAAAAUAGACGCCCAGAAAAACUUCGAGAUUCACUGAAGGAGUUGGAGGAACUGAUGCAAAGCAGUCCGUGUGUGCUGAGCAAAUGGAAGAGCAAAUACAUCUGCCAGCUCCUGUUUGGUUCAGGUGUGCUGGUGUCCCUAAGUCUUUCUGGGCCUCAGCUGGAGAAAGUGGUGAUUGACAGAAGCCUGGUGGGGAAGCUCAUCUCAGACACCAUCAGUGAUGCUCUCCUUACAGACAGUUUCAUCAUCUUAUCAUUUCUGGCACAAAACAAACUAUGUUUUAUUCAGUUUACAAAGAAAAUGGAUUCUCUUGAUGGAAACAAGAGGCUGGAGAAACUCUCAGCCUUGGACCUUAAGAUUUCCUAUUAUGACAUACCUGGCCCAGCCAACAGGACAAUAGAUCGUCACUUAGCUGUCAACUCCACUCAGGAUCUAGUUGUUUGUUGGUGGCCGCUGGUCAGUGAUGAUGUUUGGCCUUGGACUCCAGUUUCUUCUGAGAAGGACAGAGCCAAUAUGCUGUUGCUGGGCUUUACUCAAGGAGGAUUGGAGGUUCUAAGUUUUGUUCGCACAGAAUGGAGUCCCCUGGAUGUUCACUUCGGCACCAAACAACCUUAUCAGGUGUUCACAGUGGAGUGCUCCGUCAGUGUAGACAAGGAGCCCAUGGCUGACAGCUGUAUUUAUGAAUCUGUCCGGAACAAACUCCACUGCGUGUCAGUUACCAGAAUACCACUAAGAUCGAAGGCCAUCAGCUGCUGCAGGAACUCUACGGAAGACAAACUGAUCGUGGGCUGUGAAGACUCUUCAGUAAUUCUCUAUGAAGCUCACCGUGGUGUGACUCUCCUGGCCCAGGCUGAACUUAGGCCUUCAUUGAUAAGCUGCCACCCAAGUGGCGCCAUUCUUCUGGUUGGCAGCAACCAAGGGGAGCUACAAAUUUUUGAUAUUGCUCUGUCCCCUAUCAACAUCCAGCUCUUGGCAGAAGAUUACUCACCGAAGGAGACUCUGCAAUUCAAGAAGUUCUUUGAUGUUUCAAGCAGUCUUGUUCAAAUGCAGUGGAUGGCUCCUCCUGUUGUUUUCCAGAAGCCUAAAAGAGGAGAAAUCUGUGAUCUUCUCUUCCUCAGGUUCAACAAAGGACCUUUGGGUGUGCUACUGUUUAAACUUGGCAUCCUCACACGAGGACAACUGGGCCUGGUAGACCUCAUCUUACAGUACAUUCACUACAGUGAGGUAUAUGAGGCCAUCAGCAUCCUGCGCAGCAUGGACUGGGACACCCUGGGCCAGCAGUGUUUGAUCGGCAUGGGCACCAUCGUGAACCAUCUUCUUAGACAGAGGCUCACACCAGAGAGAGAAGCACAGCUUGAGGCGAGCCUUGGAACCUUCUAUGCUCCAACAAGACCACUUCUGGAUACAACUAUUUUGGAAUAUAGAGAGCCAGUCAGCAAGUAUGCCAGGAGGCUCUUCCACCACCUGCUCAGGUACAAGAGAUUUGAAAAGGCCUUUCUUCUAGCUGUUGACAUUGGAGCUCGUGACCUGUUCAUGGACAUUCAUUACCUUGCUCUAGAUAUGGGUGAACUGGCACUGGCUGAAGUGGCAAGAAGAAGGGCGCAUGAUAUUGAUGUUGAGUCAGUAUCCUCUGGAGUCGAUGAGGAUCCAGACUCAGAAUUCCAGAGCGGAAAUGAAGACCAUGCCAUUUGGCUGCAUACUGCACAUUCAGAGUCACUGACCACCCUGAUUUUAGAAGAGCUCCUGGGGCCCUUGGACAGAAGAGACAUGCUGAAUGAAGGUUUUGCCAGCUCAGCUCUCAUGCCUGAAGGAGAAAACAAGUUUCCAGGCCUUCUUCCUUCCAUUGGUUCAACACACAUGCAAACUCUUCAACAGAAAAUACCAAAUGGCCCUUCAAGCAGAUGGGCAAUUGAGAGAAGGACUGAGGAAGAAGAGGAGGAGGAGGAGGAGGAAGAGGAGGAGUUAUGCACUGACUCUUCAGGGGCCACCACCUGGAAUGCAGAAGGAGAACUGAAAGAAGACCAAAGGAAACAGGACAUUGGAGAUGUUGGUUCUCUCAGAAUGGUUCACUUUGGUUUGGUGUAAAUCAUCCGAAACACCAAAAAGAAAGCUGCCCUUUUCAUUUCUUUUCUAUUGACCUGAUCAAUAAAAAUCUUCACGUGUGGAUUUUAAUAGAAGGAAAGAUAGUAGUACAUGUAGCAUUGCAUAAGUGACCCUCAAUAAAAGUUCCGAAACAA